AAAAGGAGCAACAACAAUAAAAAAUGGAAACUGGACCAAAUGCAGAAAUUGAGCUUCUGGAGCGCGUCCUGUUGCGUCUGGGAAAUGCGGACACGGAUGAGAAGCUGGAGGCCACGGUGGGCAAGUUCCUGGCCCCGGUGAUCCUCAAAAUGAACUCGCCCCACAAUGCGGUGCGGACGAAGGUCGUCGAGGUGCUCACCCACAUCAAGAGGCGCCUCUCGUCGCGCGGGCAGGUGCAGAUACCCGUCGAGGCACUGCUGGAUCAGUAUGCCGCCGAGGACAGCAGCACCUUCCUCAAGAACUUCGCCAUCAUAUUCAUCGCCAUGGGCUAUCCGCGUCUGCCGCUGGAGCAACAGGCCGGUUUGGCCAGCAAAGUUGUGGGCAGCGAGGGCAAGCUGGAGAGCUACCAAGACAAGCUGUUCGCCCUGCUGCUGCCCAUACUGUCGGACAUGAAGAUACCCGAUGAUCCGGCACAGCGUUCAAAGCUACUCGAUCUGCAGGACAAGCCGGCCAUCAGCGCAAACUUUCUCGCCCUGCUCCAGGAUGUGCUGCUCCUGCCGUACGGCAUCACCCAGGACCAGGAUGUUCCCCCAGGUCUCAGUCCGUACAGUUUUAAGCGCAUCAUUGCCAACAAUUGGCGGGCAGAAGAGCUGGAGAAAGUCAAAAAGGGAAUAGUUCGGUUCCUGUGCGCCAGUGUCUUCAGCGAUGUGCAGAUCUUUGUGCCCCUGGUGGUGGCCUCGGCGGAUACGCGCUUCAGCGUGGCCACGCCAGCCAUCGCCGAGCUGAGCAAACUCUGUACCAUGCUGGAUUUCAGCAGCCCCGUGGUGACGGCACCGCUGUACACUCUGUUCGCCGGUAACCAGAACCAGCUGACGGACCGCCAGACGCGUCCCUGCUGCGCCCGAGUGCGUCAAAAGUUGCUGCAGUACCUCAUCAAGUGCCGCGGCAAGAGCAUCAGCGUGACCAAGGGGCUGCAGGUGAUCUUCGAUGGUCUGUUCGGUACAAAUACCAACCAGAAGUGCAAGGUUUUGGCGCUGCAGUUUGUGGAACUUGUUCUCAGGGAGGGCCCCCGCGAAUUGGUCUCCAAGGUGUCCAGGGUAAUACUCACCGGCAUCACCAAAGUCAUUGGACGCGACUCUAACGAGCCGAACGAUGUGCAGAAUGCAGCUUAUUCCGCUUUGGCGCAACAUGCUCGCAGUUUCCCGCAGGACGUUAGCCAGGAUCUGAAGCUGGUGCUGGGGUACUUCAACAAUUUGGCCAGCUCUGCCCCGGAAUUACAUUCCUCCAUAAGAGAGGCCCUUGUUUCGAUGGCUCCGGCGUUCGCCUGGAAGACAAAGGAGAAGAGCGAUGCCAUGGAAGUGGAUGAGGAUACUGAUCCUUCAAGUGUGAAACUAGAUGGCCAGCAGCAUCUGCUUUUGGCCAUGCUGCUGGACAAUGCCGAGUCUAAAGUGCAGAUUGUGCAGAAUGUAACCAGUGUGUUCCUCACCAGCUGCUAUCCGGAGUAUUAUGCACCAGCCAGAUACCUGCUGCUGCUCAUCGCGGGAGAGCGCAAUUCCCUGCGCGAGAAUGUCACCACUUAUUUGUACGGCACCUCGAAGAAGGAUCACGUCAACUACAACAUGCUUUCCUCCAUCGAGCAGGCAGAAAAUCGCAUAAACAGCGAAUCCAUUAGCGACUUCAAUCACCUCUCCUUAGAGCAACGUCGCGUGGUGCUGCCCAGUUUCCAGGUGAUGAUGUCGCACGUCCACGAGAUGGCCAACAAGCGACUCAAGAAGAACACAGCCUGUGUGGUGGUCGGUCGCACCAAGCUGCCCUACAGCUUGGAGGUUUACGAGGAGCUACUCGAUUACCUUCGCCUGUGUCUUUGGUAUUCAGCUGGCGUAGUGGCUGCUCCAGGUGAUGAAAAGUACACCCAUGAGCUGCGGAAAUACAUCACCUUGCACUACGAGGAAGAGGAGAAUAAUGCCUUGCAUCAGUAUGUGCAGUUUGUUCAGCGCAGCGUGGAGGCCAAGAGAAGCGACUCCAAUCUCAUCUGCCUUUAUGACCUGUUGAAUGCCGCUCCGGAACUGUUUGCUGCCAAGCAGCUGCAUCUCUUGGAACCUCUUGGCAACACCUUAAAGGAUGUAUCCGAGUCGAUGCGCAUCAAUGUGGCGCAAGUCUAUGCUAUUCUGUGGGCUUUCGGUCUCUCCGAUGAGAAGUUCGAUGAGGAGGUGGGCGAAUGCUUGGCUAGCCUAACACAAAAGACAUUGGAGCACAAGCACGGUUGGCUGCUGGUGGUGGGACACACCUUCAAUCGCAAGAUUGCUAUGCUCAAGCAAGAGAAGAAGUCCAAGGACUAUGCUGCAUGGCCGCAGUUUGUUAAUGCGGUGAAAAUUAUCUCAAAAACUCUUUGUGAAUCCCAAUGGCUGCUCGUUUCGGCAGCUGUAAAAUGCAUCUCCAUGAUCGGCAAGGCGGUGGAGAUUCCCAACGUCACCGUGGAGAUCCAAGUGCCAACCAACGAUGGCGACGACGACGAGGAGAUGACCGAGUAUACGAGCAUAGAUUCCUCAACCAAGUUGGUAAUCUUUGGCGUGGUCUUUCAAUUGCUGCGCAGCUCUUCGGCGCGUCAGAAGAUUCGUGAGGAGUCGGCCAGAUGUCUGGGCUACCUGGCCAUUGGCGAUGGCGAGCACUUCACCAAACGCAACCUGGAUAAGUUUCUCACCCUGGCCAAGGUGCAAAAGGAUGCUGCUUUAAACAUUGCCAUUUCGGAAGCGAUUGUCAACACUCUUUGUGGUUAUGAUGUAAACAAGGGGCAACCGGAUGAGAAGUUUGUUAAUAAGCACUGCAACGAUGGCGACUUUGAGCAGUUCUUGAACUCGCUAAUUCGUCUAGUCACCGAACCCAAUCCACAUUCCCGCCAGGCCAUCUCCGUGUGGCUUCUGGCCGUGGUAAAGCACUGCAGUCGACGUCCAGCUGUGUUGGCCAAAAAGGAGCUGCUGCAGUUUGCUUUUACCGAGCUGCUUUCGGAUGAUAGCGAAUUUGUUCAGGAUGUUGCUUCCCGCGGCUUGGGACUGGUCUACUCGCUAUCCGAUUCCGGCAGUCAAAGUGAUUUGGCCAACUCCCUCUUAGACCAGCUAAUUGGAGGAAAACGCAAGGUGAAUCAGGUGUCCGGGGACACGGAACUCUUUGCCGAAGGAAUGCUGGGCAAAACGCCGACGGGCGGCAACAUCACCACCUACAAGGAGCUGUGCUCCCUGGCCUCAGAUCUCAACCAGCCGGACAUGAUCUACCAGUUCAUGCAGCUGGCCAAUCAUAAUGCCACCUGGACCAGCAAACUGGGAGCUGCCUUUGGAUUGAAAACCCUUUCCGCCGAGUCCAGACAGAAGAUGCAGCCGUAUCUGGGCAGGAUUAUACCCCGCCUGUAUCGCUACAAGUACGAUCCCACGCCGAAGAUUCAGAACUCCAUGAUUUCCAUUUGGGACACAAUUGUGAGUGACUCCAAGGAGGUGACCGAGCGUUACUACUGGGAAAUACUGCGUGAGCUGCUGGAUAAUCUCACCUGCAAGGAGUGGCGAGUGCGUAUUGCCUGCUGCCUGGCAGUCAGAGAUCUCUUGAAGCGUCCCAAUGGUUUGAAGUUGCGAUCGGAGGAGCAGGUGCGUCGGGUUCCCGCCGCCGCCAACAGCAUGGAAGUGGACGAGGUGCCCGAGCCGGAGCUAAAGGAGCUUUGGUUCCAGCUGUUCCGCGUGAUGGAUGACAUUCAUGAGGGCACAAGGGUCACGGCCCAUGGAACCGCCUCAUUCCUAGGCAAGCUGUGCGUCAUAGCCUCCUCCUCGGAUCAUGGCAAAUCCGGCACAGCAGUAGCUUCCUCGACGCUGCCGUAUCUGCUGGAAACUGGAGUGGGUCACAAGGUGCCCGAGAUACGCAAAGUGAGCAUCAAGACCAUCUCCGACAUGAUUGACUCCUCGGGCUCGCUUAUUGCCCCGCAUCUGGUCACCUUGAUACCCUGCCUGCUGCGCGCCACUGGUGAAUUGGAGAACACCAAGUUGUCCUAUGUAUCCACUCGUUUAGGGGCGGAUAAUGAAGCCCAGGAGGCGGUGGAUACGCUUCGUGCUGAGGCCGCCAAAUCUCACCACACCAUGGAAACCAUUGGGAAGUGCGUGCGCUACAUUGAUUACCCGGUGCUGGAAAAGAUGACGCCCGAAGUGCUGGAACUAAUGAAGUCCAGUGUGAAUCUUGGAACCAAAAUUGGCUGUGCGCAUUUCGUGUGUCUGAUCAGCAUUCGUUUGGGCAAGGAGAUGACUCCGGUGGUUGGAAAAUACAUACGGGCCUGCUUUGUGGGCAUCAAGGAUCGCAAUGCCACCGUGCGUAAGUACAACGCCAGUGCGAUUGGCCACCUGCUGGGUUUGGCCAAGGAGCAGUCGAUCAAGAGUCUCUUUGCCAAGCUGGACGAGCUGUAUGCCGAGCAGCCGGGAAAUCGCUCCAUUGCACUGACCAUUCAGUCCAUCAACAAGCGUCACCACGAACUACUCAAGGACUACAUGGAAAACAUGCUGCCGCUCAUCUUCUUUGCCAUGCACGAGGAGGCCAAUGAAGAGACCAAGGCCAAUGUGGAACUCUGGAAAGAUUUGUGGAACGAUGUUAGCCCUGGGGAUGCGGGCAUCCGUCUCAAUUUGAAUGUGAUUAUACCCAAGUUGGAGACUUCGCUCACCGAUGCCAGUUGGUCACGAAAGGCGCAGGCGGCGAAUGCUAUCCAGACGAUAGCCACUCGCCUGAGUAGCUCCCUGGAUGAACCCGAUCGGGUGAGACUCAUUAAGCUGCUCCUUUGCGGUCUGCAGGGUCGCACUUUCGAGGGCAAGGAGCGUUUGUUGCAGGCUCUGGCCGGACUCACCAAGGGCCUGGAUAGGAAGCACCAGAUCUGCCCCAACAUCAUCGACGCAGCCAUGCGGGAGGCGAGGAAGCGGGAACCUGUUUAUCGCACCAUGGCCCUGGCUUCGCUGGGCGAAAUCCUCGACCAACUGGAGGCAGAUCGCUUUGAAGAGGUCUACAACAUGAGCUGGAACCUGCUGGAGAAGAAGGAGCUGCGCAAGGAGUCCGACGACGAGGACGAGCCCAGCACUAGCCAGGAACUAACUGCCGACGAGCGCAACAAGCGGGCUCAAACACUCAAUAGACUGAAGGAGGUUGUCUGGGAGACACUGGGCAAGUCCUGGCCACGUCAUUCCAUCGAGACGCAGCACCGCUACCAACUCUUCUUCGCCGAAAACUGCACCAGCAUUCUGGCGGAGAGCACGCGACCAGUGCAGGUCAGUCUGCUGGCAGCGCUCACUAAGUACAUCGAAAGACUCCAUGUCUUCGAUGAGUCCGCUCUGCUGCCCGACCUGCCGCAAAUAAACCAGGAGAAGAAGAUCAAAACGGAGGCUCCGGCGCCAAAGACCCGUGAGGCCAUCGUUGAGAAGAUCUGCAAGGAUGUGCUGGCUGCCGUGGCUCUGGCCGCUGGAGUUCCUCACUCAGGCCUAAAAAAGGAGGCCCUCAACAUCGUUCUCAUGCUGAUCAAGCGUUUGAGUGGAGCCAAGGAUCAGCAGCCUCUGAAUCUAAUCAAGCAGAGCUUCGAAUCGAGUUUGGAAAAGUUCCAGCGUGAUUCGGCCCCCGAAAUCCGCUGUCGCAUCAAGGACAUCGAAGAAAAGCUGAGCAAGUUGAAUCCCGGAACUUAGGUGGUAGAAAAGUAGGGAUUUCAAUUAUGUGUGGCCAAAAACCCUGCCUUGGGUAGA